GCGUUCGUUGCGAGCAAAUUAGAUUACUUGCUAUUUCCCCGCCUCUUAACCGGCAAGAAGGGGGGUGAAAGCGGGAAAAUAACUUGAAAGGAAGCAAUGGGGGAGAAAGCUUAGCUAGCUGCAGUCGCCAUUAUAAAAGCUGGAAUGCCCCUUGCGACCGGGCAGGGUCGCUUCUUGCAGCUCGGCUCUGGAUCGUCAUUUAUUUUGUACUUCAAAAGACUCGCUAAGCGUCACCUGUCGUUUGUUGCAAUGCGUUUCCAAAACUACGUCUCCGCGGCGGCACUGUUUGCGCUGCCGGCCCUCGGCGGCCAGAGCUCCCACUCUAGUAGUGACAAUUCUACAGAUCCCUUCAAGAUCUAUAACAUCACCGCGACCAAUAUUACUGCUUCCUUCAUCGGAUACGGUGCGCGUCUUGUGGCAUUGUACGUCCCGGACAGCAACGGCACACUCCAGGACGUUGUCGUCGGUUACGAUGAUCCCACGACGUAUGUGCAAGACUCUGAAACCAACCACACCUUCUUCGGCGCGGUGGUCGGUCGCUAUGCCAAUCGUAUCAAGAAUGGUACUUUCACCAUUGACGGGAACAAAUACCAAAUCCCCACGAACGAGAACGGUGGUGCCGACACACUUCACGGUGGUACCGUGGGCUAUGAUCAGCGCAAUUGGACUGUGACCGCUUCAACAAAGGACAGCAUCACAUUCUCUUUCCUUGACACUGGAUAUGAGCAUUUCCCCGGUACUGUGCUCAACCACGUCACUUAUACAGUCGACGCUCUCAGGACUGCGGUCAACCCCAAGGGUCUCCCUCAAUUGACCUGUCGCAUUGUCUCCAUGUCUCUGACAGACAAGACUCCAAUCAUGCUUGCCAACCACAUCUACUGGAACCUGGACGCCUUUCAAGUCCCUACUAUCCUCAACAACACCUUACACAUGCCACUCGCUUCUCGCGUCGUUGCUGGAGACAACAUCCUAGUCCCCAACGGCACCAUUUUCGACGUCGACACCGCCUUUGACGGCGCAAUAGACUAUACGACCGCCAAACAAAUUGGCGCCGACUUCGACCAUGCCGGGGGCGUCUGCGGCUUCAACUGCACUGGUGUUGAUACCUGUUUCAUCGAUGACCGCGUCCCUUACUACGUUGACGGCGCUGUCGUGCCCAUCAUCCAUCUCUCCUCUCCAGCAACAGGUAUUACUCUAGAUGUCGCCACUAACCAGGUUGCACAUCAAAUCUAUACCUGCAAUGGUCAGAAUGGCACUAUUCCCAUCAAGGCCUCGCAGAAGGCCCGUAAUGAGGCUGCUGGUAAAGGUGGCGUUGAUUAUGUUAAUAAGCAUGGCUGCAUUGUUAUUGAGACGGAGGGUUGGAUUGAUGCUAUCAAUCAGCCUGAAUGGGGACAGCAGGAGAUUUUCUCGCCGGCUGAUGCACCGACUGUGAAUUUCGCUACGUACCAAUUCGGUACUCUUUAAAGACGUGACGCAUAUUCAUAGUAGCUGUUUGUAUAUACUGUUCAUGAAAGUAAUAACCAAAUAUAUUGCUAUCUCAACCCCCC